GAUUGGUUGAAAGCAUACACGUGACCAGGCAUUUAUUUUGCCUAACGCGUAAUUUGGGUAACGACCGGUCAUUACCCAGUGGUAAUGACCGGUCAUUACCACAUCUUGUUGUUGCUAUCGUAACCAUUGAGAUUUCAUCGUUUUACUUUUACUCGCGAGAAUGGCUGCCGCGGCAUUUAAAGUGCCUACUUUUGAAAUUCUUUCAACUGCACAAAUGCAAGAGUUAUUGAAUGGGACUGAUUCUGCUAGUACCAAGAAGAGCAUAAAGUUUGGCUUUGCGAAAUUUGAAGCUUUUUUGGGCCUGAAACAAAUUGAAUUGGGUGAAAUCACAACCGACAGGCUUCGACUGGAUGACGUUUUGUGCACGUUCUAUUCAAGUCUCCGUCGCGAAGAUGGAUCGUGGUACAGCAAGAAAACGAUGCAAGUGAUCAGGUAUGGUGUACAGAGACACUUUUUGGACUUGCAUAACUUUGAUAUUCGUGACAAGGCAACAUUCUCACAAAGUGUGAGAAUGUUUAAAGCCGUCUUAGUGAAGCUCAAGAAGGAAGGCAAAGGUUCCACCAAGCACAAACCCGCGAUCUCAUCUAGUGACAUGGAAAUCAUACAAAACUCGUCGGUGCUCGAUUGUGACACGCCAGCUGGAUUACAGAACAAAGUCUUCGUCGAUUUUAUGACAUAUUUCUGUAAUCGUGGUCGAGAAAAUCUUCGAGAACUUAAGCCAGACGAUUUUCGACUUGAGACAGAUGAAGACGGACUUCGAUACAUCACUAAAAGAGAUCAAUUGACAAAGAACAAUCGUGAGGAUGAUGAUGAGGUGUCGAACAACGGAGUGAUGUACGAAAUACCUGGAAGUUCAAAGUGUCCAGUUGAGAGUUUCAUGCAGUUUGUAUCGAAGCUGAACAAAGAUUGCCCUUUUCUAUGGCAGAAACCAAAAGCAAAGAAGCCAGAAGAUGGUGACAACUGGUACUGCAAUGCUCCAGUUGGCAAAAACACAAUGGGAAAUAAGAUGAAACAAAUUUCCCAGAAAGCUGGAUGCUCAAAGUUGUACACAAACCACUGCUUAAGAGCAACAUGCAUCACGACCCUGGAUAGAGCCGGUUUCGAGUCUCGAGACAUUCAAUCAGUGAGUGGUCACCACAGUGAGCAGUCACUCAGGAAUUACUGUAACACUAGCCACGAGCGGAAGAAACAAAUGUCCUCACAUCUUGGGAGUCAUCUCUACGAGAAAAGAAACAUCACUUUGCCUAGUGCAACUCAAUCGGUUCCAGAUCCUGGUCCUGGACCUGGUCCAAGCAGGCCUAAUCGCGCCUAUUCCAUGCACACGACCAGACAGCCGCUUGAAAUAGUAGUUCCGGAUCGUGACUCAGAUAAUGUAGAUGUUCAUGUGAAUUCCCAUCAACAACUAUCUUUUUCGCUUUCGCAGGAGAAGGUACACCAGGACCUUUCAACGACAUCAAAUACUUUUCAAAUCCACGAUUGUGUGGUGAACAUUUAUAAUAAUUAAAUGUUCAACUUCAAGACAAGACUUUGUGUAGGCUAGGCCUAGAUCUACAUGUACAUAUGUUUGGCUUUGACUUGAGUUUGACUUUGACUAUUUCAGCUUUUUAAACAAUUCUACAUGUCAUGAUGUACAUUAUCGCUGUUUGGAAGUUGCACUUUGGAAUGACAUUUUUAGUUUUACCUCGCUGGUUCGGGUUCUAAGUUAGGCCUAGAGGCUAGGCCUACUUCAAGUUCUACGUAGACUCGAGUCUAGACGUUCAUUGUUCCAGUUGGAGUUUCAAUUUCAAGUUUUUCUAUGACCUGUUGCAUUGAUUUACAAGUUUAUGAUGGAUGAUCCUGAUGAUAUAAAAGGUAAGACUAAAAAAGUAAGAUAAAAAACAAUGAGUUCUAGAUCUAGAAUCUCUACUUAGAUCUAGAAAUGUAGUGAUCUAGACUAGUCUAGAUCGUACUCUUAGAUGUAGACCUAGUCUAGAUCUCAUUCUUGAGAUGAGGUUGAUUUAUCAAAUAACAAGGAUCCACGUCAUAAUUUUAUAAAACAAAUAAUACACAUCAUUUUGUUCGGGCAUUAGUAACAUUACCCACACUCGGUACCUUUGAAAAAGUCUAACCCGCCCUCGGCUAUCGCCUCGGGCGGGUUAGACUUUUCCAAAGAUACCUUGUGUGGGUAAUUCUUACUAAUGCCCUCACUGCUGUGUAUUAUUU